GUGCUGCGGUGGGAGUGUCUCUGGGCCAUCUGCAGGGAGGAUGCCUAAUGAGACCUUAAAUCCUGGCGCUGGUGUCAUGGAGUCAGUCCCCUUCGAGGAUGUGGCGGCGGGGCUCAUCCAGGAGUGGGCAUUGCUGGACGGGGCACGGAGGAACCUGUGCCGAUACGUGAUCCUGGACAAGUGUGGGACCCUGGCCCCCAGGGACUGGGUGUCUCAAUUUAAAUCCAAAGCAUUGACUCCUGUGCAGGAUAUUUUGGAGGAAAAUUCGUCCCAGGAUAUGCAAAUGGGGCUGAAGGCGGCCGUGCAGAUUCAGAGGGUGGCCACGCCGAUGCCUGCACUAGGUGUCCCUGAGCUGGGGAUGGCCGGGGAUUCUGAUGUAGCUCUGCUUGCCCAGGACCCCGCCUGGCUCCAGAAGGAGAGCACAGAGGAGGAAUCCAGGGCGCCGGGGGUACUGAUCACCUGUCUGCCGGAACCCGUCACCUUUGCUGAUGUGGCUGUGUUGUUUACCCCAGAGGAGUGGAUGUUUCUAGACUCUGCCCAGAGAAGCCUGUACAGAGAUGUGAUGCUGGAGAACUAUAGGAACUUGGCCUCUGUGGGAGCAGGAGAUCAGCUAGGCAAACCCAGUAUGCUUUCUCUUUCGGAGCCAGGAGAAGAGCUGUGGGCCCCUGAGAGAAGAACCUUCCCAGGAACCCGUCCAGAACCUCAGCAUCAACCCCAAGAUUCAAUUUCUCACCCAGAUAUUUUUGCAGAGAUUCCAUCCACCGGCAUGAAAAGGGAGCAACCUCAGACUGGAGAAAAACUCUAUAAUUACAGUGAACUUGGGGAACCCUUUCACGGCAUCAAACCGCUUUUUCAGUACCAGAGAAUUCAGGCUGGAGGUGACCCCUGUGAAUGCCACGAGGGUGGAAAAUCCUUCUUCCAGCCUGCUCGCCUAAUCGUGCCAGACAAAAUCCAUCGUGGGGACAAAACCUACGUGUGUAGCAAAUGUGAGAAAUCCUUCAGAUACAGCUCUGAUCUGAUCAGGCAUGAGAAGACUCAUACCGCGGAGAAGUGCUUUGAAUGUCAGGAGUGUCGGCAAGCCUUCAAGUAUUCCUCAAAUCUGCGGCGCCACCUGAGGACUCACACUGGAGAGAAGCCUUUCGAAUGUGCUCAGUGUGGGAAAACCUUCACUAGGAACUUUAACCUAAUUCUGCACCAGCGAAACCACACGGGCGAGAAGCCCUACGAAUGUAAGGACUGUGGGAAAGCGUUUAAUCAGCCAUCCUCUCUGAGGAGCCACGUGAGGACUCAUACAGGAGAGAAGCCCUUUGGGUGCAGUCAGUGCGGGAAAGCCUUCAGGGAGCACUCGUCGCUGAAGACACACCUGCGCACUCACACCAGGGAGAAGCCGUAUGCGUGUAACCAGUGUGGGAAGCCCUUCCGGACGAGCACUCAUCUGAACGUCCACAAAAGGAUACACACUGGGGAGAAACUGUAUGAGUGCGCUACCUGUGGGCAGGUCUUGAGUCGCCUCUCAACGCUCAAGAGUCACAUGCGAACUCACACGGGAGAGAAGCCCUAUGUGUGUCAGGAAUGUGGGCGAGCCUUCAGUGAACCUUCAUCCCUCAGGAAACAUGCAAGGACGCACACUGGCAAGAAGCCCUACGCCUGUCAGGAAUGUGGGCGAGCCUUUGGUCAGUCUUCACACCUUAUUGUGCACGUGAGGACUCACACUGCAGGGAAACCCUAUGAAUGCAAUCAGUGUGAGAAAGCCUUCAGGCACAGCUCUUCACUUACCGUGCAUAAAAGAAUUCAUGCCGGGAGAGAGAACGUUAGGAAUGGUGGCCUGGCUUUAUCAGUGUCCCAUCCGUAUAGUGGGCCCUUUGCUGAGUGACUUCCAAGUUUUAAAAAUAUAUGUGUUCCAGGCUAUAAUCAUCUCUUGUAGUACUUGUUUUAGCUACAUCACAUGUUUUGAUACAUAUUUUCAUUUUGGUUGAAAUCCGAAUAUUGUCUUAGUUUCUAUUAUCA